UCCUGCAGAAAAAAUGGAUGUGGACCCAAAGGUUUACAAGCUGAAAAUAGAGGUUUUGUAUAAGGACACCGAGCGUGAUGCAACCAUGUCAAUCUUGGAUAUUGGCUUGCUAACCGGCUUCACUGCUGACAUAAAUGACUUGAACCGACUGUCCAAAGGACCUGCUCGCACCAUUGCAAACUAUGAGAUGAACACAGUUCUGUCAGAUAGAGGCUCACUCAUCAUCUACCUGAACAAGGUUUCUCACACGCUGCCUGAGGAGAUCACUUUUAGGGUCCAUCAGACGAUGAAAGCAGCUGCCCUUCAACCAGCUGCUGUGUCUGUUUACGAUUACUAUGACGAAAAACGUUGUGUGAAAUUCUACCAUCCAGAAAGGGAAGCUGGCAUGUUAACACGGCUCUGUAAAAAGGACCAAGAUGAGUGCACAUGUGCUGAAGAGAAUUGCAGUAUGCAGAAGAAGGACCAAGUCAGCAAUGAUCAGCGCACAGAAAAGAUAUGUGAGACUGAAGUGAACAACAAAAUAGAUUUUGCGUACAAAGUGAAAGUGGAACUGUCUGAAGUAGAUUCGUCCAUUGAUGUGAACACUGUGCGAGUUCUGAAAACCAUCAAAGAAGGAAGCAAGGACGUGGGUCCUGUGAAUAAACUGCGCACAUUCAUCAGUCUUCCGCAUUGCAGGGAGUCGUUGGAUUUGAGAUUAGGCAAAACUUACCUUAUCAUGGGCUCAUCCCAAGAUAUUACCGCAGAUGAAAAUGACCAAUCGUUUCAGUAUUUUCUUGGAGGGAGAACCUGGAUUGAGUAUUGGCCCACAGACGCAGAGUGUCAAAAGGAUGAAUACAGACCUACCUGUACGGGCAUUGAAAAUAUGGUCGACCAGUACGAAACGUUUGGGUGUCAGCAGUAGUGAAACUAAACAAAAUAAUGUUUUUCAAAUAAUUUGUAUUGGGAUUUUACUCUUUUAUGUAAAUCUUUCCAGAUUAUGAGAUCUAUUAGGGCCAACUAUGCACUGUAUUAAUCAAAAUCAAAUGGACUCAAUAAUUUUUACUGUUUUCUUCACAGAAUAAAGUAAUGGUUACUUACUGUAA